AUGAAUCCCAUGGAUGGAGAGAGGAAAAUUAUAAUAGAAUUUUGUCACUUAUUGGAGAAAUCGAAAGUGCUUUUUAAUGGAUUAAGGGAACUACCACAAUAUGGCCACAAGCAAUGGCAGUCAUACUUCGGCCGGACUUUUGAUGUUUACACCAAAUUGUGGAAAUUUCAACAACAACACAGGGACGUACUAGAUAGCAAAUAUGGUUUAAAGAGAUGGCAAAUAGGAGAGAUCGCAUCGAAAAUUGGGCAGUUGUACUAUCACUUUUAUCUGAGGACUAGUGAAACUGCUUACCUUCGGGAAGCAUUUGCGUUUUACCAGGCCAUCAGAGCGAGGCGAUACUACACACAUGCAGUUAAAGAAGAUAAGUGUGAACUUAUGGUGAAAAAGCUACGAUAUUAUGCACGAUUUAUUGUUGUAUCGUUAUUACUGAAUAAAUUAAAACUUGUUGAUGAUCUUAUAAGAGAACUAGACAAUCAAAUAAUAGAAUAUGGAACUACGUAUAACGCUGAAGACCAAAUGGAAUGGACUGUAGUUGUUGAUGAAGUUAAAGCUUUCCUUGAUGCCGAGCCGGCCGUUCAGGUUAUGUACAAUGAUAUGCCGGCACCCGAUAUGUCUAAUAGAAUCCAUCCCGACCACACGCCAUACGUAGACAGAGGACCCCAUAUGCACUUAACUUUACAAGAUGUAAUUAUAAUUGGUAGUAGUACACAACAGGCAAAAUUUUCUGAACUCACAAUCGAUAUGUAUAGAAUUCUUCAGAUAUUGGAAAAAGAACCAAUUGGCCCAGCACCUCAGGCCCUGAGUGAGGAUAUUCCUCCUCAUGGGCCACCACCGGCUCCACAUUCUACGCAAAGAGGUUACGUGGUCGGUGACAGCUUUCGUCGAGACAAUCCACACAAGUACUUGUUGUUUAAGCCAACCGCACUGCAAUGUCUGGUCUACCUAGCGAGCAGUUGCAAUGAUUUACCAUUAAACGGAGCGAUUUUAUUAUACAUUUCGGCGGAUGGCUAUAUCCCUUCUCACAGUCGUAACGCUGACAGCAUCACUGGCUAUGAAGCCGGAGGGUUUAUUACAUCUGGCAAAUUGGAUCCAAAUCGGGAUUCAACAAGAGAAUCCAGGGGACAAUCACAAGAUAGAGGGAGCCGGGGAAAGGAUCAUUAUCUGUUGUACCCUGGCGACAUUUACCCUUUUACUAGAAGACCUUUGUUUAUCAUAGUUGAGUCGAAUUGUUCUGGGCUCAUGCAGAAUAUGCCACGCCAUUUCAAUCAGCCACUUGUGAUGUUAUUGUCAGCUCAAGAACUUCCAGCAAAUCUAGCAGAACGAUGUCAUCAAGGUAAUCUCCUAACGUUGUUCCUCAACAAUCCGUUGAUGGGAUUCUGUGCAUCGUGCGAGCUUUACACAAUAGAAGAAGGUCUACUGGACGUUUGCGAGACUUUAGUCCUCGAUUUUAUGUUCCAGUGUGCACAGUUAAUACUCCGAAUUCGUAUCGAUAUGAACUUCUUCGCUUUCAUGGGUGAUGAGUUCCUUCGAACGAUAAUACUGCGGUACCUCUUCUGUGAAUGCUCUCUGCGAAUGAAUAGAAACUUCCGUUCCCGGUCUCAGAUCGUCCAUUCAACGCCUCCAAUGCCCGAAGAGCUGCUGGCACAUUCCUCCCUUGUUUCAAUUAUUUUGAAAAUUUCCGAGCAGCUCGGAGUGAGGAAUCACUUUUCCGAUGUUUCUGGACCGGGAUCGGGGCCAAUCUAG